AUGUCUUCCGCAACAGCUGCCGAUAUUCAGGGACCAUCCAAUCCGAAUCCAAAAGGCCUCAACACAUCCGCCAGCACUCAAUUCCCUCCCAUCAACAUCGGUACGCGCAACUCGGUACUCGCCCAGAUUCAAGCCCGCGCAGUCGAGAGAAGUUUGAAGGAUGCAUAUCCAGACCGAAUUUUCAAAAUCUGCCCUGUUGUAGUGCAGGGAGAUAGGGACAAGAUCACACCUCUGCAGCAACUGAGUCAAGGCGAGAACGCGAAGAGUCUAUGGACAGGCGAACUGGAGAGCAUGCUGGAGUCUGGUGAUCUGGAUAUCAUCGUGCACUGCUUGAAGGGUAUAUUAAUGGUCCCCUACAUGCCCACGCAGCUGCCGGAUCACCUCGAGAUGGGCGCCAUCCUCGAGCGUGAAGAUCCCCGCGACGCUCUCUUGAUCUCUCCUCGUCUACCCAAGGAAACAACCCUAGCGACCCUCCCACAAGGUGCCACCAUCGGCACGUCGUCUGUACGACGAGCCGCUACAUUAAGAAAAUUAUACCCACAUCUGAAGUUCGCCGACCUCAGAGGCAAUGUCGGUACAAGGCUAGCAAAGCUAGAUGCUGAAGACUCGCCAUACUCGGCUAUCAUUCUCGCCGCUGCUGGCUUGAAGCGGAUGGGGCUCGACAAUAGGAUCACACAAUAUCUGAGUAGUACGAGCGGAGGAAUGUUGCAUGCUGUUGGUCAAGGUGCACUGGGAAUUGAGAUCCGGAAGAAUGAUGACGCCAUGAAGGAGGUUUUGAGCAGUAUCCGAUGCGAGCGGACAACAAGAGCAUGCUCGGCCGAACGAGCGCUACUACGCACUUUAGAAGGAGGCUGCAGCGUGCCUAUCGGCGUGGAGACAUCAUGGAGAGGUGGCAAGGGUCUCGCCAUCGGUACGCAACCAGCAAAAGAUUACGACAAGCAUGGAAACGCGGUAGAAGAGGAAGAGCCAGACAUUGACGACCAAGAACUGGUGCUGAGUGCUAUGGUGGUCAGUGUAGAUGGUAAAGAAUUUGUUGAGUACCAGGCAGCACGAAAAGUUCGCACAGCAGAAGAGGCAGAAGAGAUGGGACAAGAGGUUGCCAAGGUCUUGAUUGAGAAGGGUGCGGACAAGAUUUUGGAGAAGAUCAACGUGGAGAAGCAGUGGGCAGCCAAGAAGCAACUGGAGGAGCUCAAGGCCAAGGCGGCCAGCUCAUAG